AUGCGCUCCAAUAUCGUUUUGGUGUCCUUUUUAGUAAUGGUUGUCCUUACCGCUUUAUUACUUUUUCCUUUGUUAAAAUAUAGGUAUGGUUUAAAUGGUCGCGCAACUUUCCUUAUCGUAGCUUUUUUAACAUCCAAAGCGUUAAUCCGCACGCAUAACGGCUUCGAAGGGUUAAAAUGCACUAAUACCGAAACUUUCGUAAAUAGCAGCUUUAAUUUGCAAAAAGCCUUUUUCGCAACAUUUUUUAAGUAA